CUUGAAGGUUUACAAUCCUCUCCGACAGGCUUUGAACUCAACCCUGGCAGAUUCGAAUUUCGAUCAUGAUAUUUCUACAUGGAAGACAAAAUCGUCAUGUUUUCCAAGUCCUCCCAGGAACCACGCAUGUUGAACUUAAAAAAAUUACAGCAUGCUGUACGAGCGUCAAGUAGUAAUUCAGGCAGGCAUGGUGACAUUUUUCACUCCCCAGCUGACAUUCAUGGCAUGCGGUCGAUCGGCGCAUGCACAGGCUCUCAUGGGCUCUGCGUCCCGAUGUUUGUGCACUGAUCUGCUGCGAGUCAAUCAGGUGGUGCAUAGCCUCAAAAACUGAGAUUCAUUUCGUAUCUGUGGGAUUUCAUAUUGCUACCUGACAUUAUAUAAAUAAAGAGGUGCGCCAUUUCCAGCUGCUGAAAAUUUGUUAACAGCGCCUCUCCUGCCGUUCCGUCUAUUUACGAUGGUCUAUGUCCACGAUUUGGCUGCACGAAAACGAAAGGAGCGCGAGGCGAAGCUAUCCGCAUAUCGCAAAGGGCGCAUUCAUGUUCCAAGUGAUGCAGUCGACGUCUCACAGUACCCCCUUAGCAAGCUCACAGAGACGGAGCGUAUCAUCGUCCAUUGUGAUGCAACAGCGAUCGUAGAUUUGAUUCGCAAACGAGUCUAUACUGCACAGGACGUUCUGCGAGCCUUCGUCAAAGUAGCGGUGGCUGCCCAAGAUGUCACCAACUGUCUCUCAGAAGUUUUGCUUGAUGAAGCGUUUCAGCAAGCCAGCGAGCUUGACCAAUAUUUGGAGAACACUGGGGAUGUCAUAGGACCAUUGCACGGUUUACCAGUUUCCAUCAAAGAUCACAUCAAAAUCAAAGGUCUGGAUACGUCGUCAGGGUAUCUUGGCUGGGCAUACAAAACAGUCGCGGACAGUGACGCACUGGUGGUAGAAAUUCUACGUAACGCCGGUGCGAUUCUAUACGUCAAAACCCAGCUUCCACAAACUUUGCUUUCACUCGAAACGGACAACAACGUGUUCGGCAAGACUCUUAACCCAUUUAAUCGCAAUUUAACCCCAGGAGGAAGCAGCGGUGGCGAAGGGGCGCUAAUAGCAUGUCAUGGUAGCCCUAUGGGCGUUGGAACUGAUAUCGGCGGAAGCGUUCGGAUUCCUGCAGCUCAUUGCGGUUUGUAUGGGCUAAAAGGAUCAGUGGCACGUCUGCCACAUUCUGGUCUCCUGGGCUCGCAUGAUGGGAUGGAUGCAAUCGUGGGUUGUAUCGGACCAUUGGCAAGGUCUGCAAGGGACCUCGAGUUAUUCUGUCGAGUUAUGCUCGAUGCAAAGCCGUGGCUCAGUGAACCUGUACUCCUAGAAAUGCCAUGGAAAAGAGAUGUGGCAAGUGGGGAAGGUUUACCUGACAAACUUGCGAUUGCUAUCCUUUUUGACGAUGGCGUUGUUGCACCGCAUCCUCCAAUUACGCAGGCUUUGAACAAAUACAAACACGCCUUAGCACGUGCUGGACACGACGUAAUUGAAUGGCAAGCGGUGGAUCAUCAGAAUGGAUGGGAUCUGAUUACGAAGCUGUAUUUCCUAGAUGGCGGAGCAGAGUACCACGAAACCAUUAGAGCAGGCGGGGAGUCCGAGGUACCUCAAACCCAAUGGAUCCUCAACCACGCACAAGGACGAGAUCCGUGUACCCCCGCAGAUAUAUUCAAGCUCAACUUGGAACGGGAAGCGUUCCGUUCGAAAGCGUUGGCACACUGGAAUGCUACUCAACAACGUACUGUUAGUGGACGUCCUGUGGACGCUAUUCUCUGUCCGGUUGCGCCUACAUUAGCUCCGCCCCAUAACACAACCAGUUGGUGGGGUUAUACCUCUCAGUGGAAUCUGUUGGACUUGCCAGGCGUUGUCUUUCCCGUUGACCGGUUCACAGCCAAGGCACCUGCCACUUACCCACCUCUUCCACAUCCAAGGAAUGAUCUUGAAAAUUUUAUUCAUAGUCAAUGGAACCCAACUACAUAUGAUAAUGCUCCCUUAUGUCUACAGCUCGUGGGUCGGAGGCACAACGAGGAGAAGUUGUUGGCUAUGCUAAACGUUUUAGAAAAGGUGUUCAAAGAGAAUGCCUUGUAACAGGACCAAAUGUUCAUAUGUAGCGUCUAGUGUUACAUAAUGUCUGGGAUUCAAGAAUGCAAAUACACUCAAUACAAGCCUGAG